ACCUCUGGGGCCCAAGAGGAAGCACAUGGACAAAUCAUACAUACGUGGGUGUGUGCAUGUGCGUGUGUGUGUAUUCGUGUGUGUGUGUGUAGGAAGGCGAGAUCCUGAACAUUACAUGGGCGUGGCAGUUUCAGUCCACUAACACAACAACUUCAACUUUACAUCAUUUGACUUCUUUUCAACAUGACCACCAGAGGAGGCCUUAAACUGGAAUCGCACUGACAAAAAAUAAAAAAUAAAUAACUCAUCAAAACGAGGAAGCAAGACGACAAAACGGAGGAGGACACGACCACAACGGCUUUAAAAAUCCAGAAUCUGUAUAAAAGUCUGUUUUGCAACUCUAAUGCGCCAGAUGUACAGGAUCCGUGUGAAGCUCUAUACAUGUCCCACUCACCUCACACCAGCAUCAAAGUGGACGAGGAGACGCCGCUCAACAUGGUGCCUGGAUCGGCGGAACCGCAGAAUGGCCUCACGACGGCGGCAAAGAACGGCAGCGGUGCGGCGGCGUGCUGCGGCGACAAGCAUCACAGGAGGCUGGCCAUCUGCAGCAUCAUCUGCGGCAUCUCCUGCAUCGGAAUCAAAGCGCUCAUCAACUCAGUCAAGGCUGAGGAGGAGCCGGACCGAGAGGCGUCCGCCAGGUUUUCGCAGCGGGCCAAAAGGCUGGGCAUCAUCUCCAUCGCCACGUGGCUCGCCAUCCUGGCCCUGACACCGCUGCUCAUGGCGCUCUUCUCGUACGUGGUCACGCUGCGAGACUGAGGAGGCCGGUGGAGGAGACAAAAGUCGUCGGGACGCUGACAGGAAACACAGGACUCCUACAGGACACUCUUAUAAGCUGAUAUUUAUUUCCCACGACAGAGACACUUGUAAAUCAUUAUGUAUAAAACCAAGUAUACAACAGUUAUACAUGACAACUCCUCGACACAUGAAUAUUCAAUACCCAAGCCUGUAGGAAAGUUAAUAAAUUAGCCACCACGGUAACAAAAAAAAAAAGUGGCGUUCUUACUAUA